AUGGAUGUGCUUACCGAUUCUUUGACGUAUACCGAACGAGUGAGCACAAUGGAUCAGUCCUGGAUAUCACCCUACCUACCCACCCGACCCACGGAACCGGGCGAUCCAGUCUUAAGUCCCCAGGACCUGGAGAGUCUCCGGGAUAGAUUGAUCGAGCUGACAAGACAGAUUGGCCGCUAUCCUUAUAAUGUGACUCUGUGGGUCAGGAGAGCGGAUGUCUUGAGUCAGUUGAAGUACCCUGAGUCGGCGGCGGGGGAUGCUUGGAAAGCGGGUUUUCUGGCCGGGAAGAUGAUGGAGAAGUGUGAGGAGCGGCAUGAUGGGCGGGAAGCCAGGGCUGGGAACGACGAGGUUGGUGGACGGUGGAAGUUGGGGUUCAAGAUGGGGUUUUGGAUGAGGGAGGCGGAUGUGAAGAUGGAGGAUGCGGCGGAUGACGAGGGGGGAUCAUGUUUCGAGCACGAAGGGCACUACGACUUUGACGAGAAUGACUACCGAUGGCAGCGCCUAUCUGAUUUGCGGGAAGAAGCACGAUAUCUCCAAAAUAAGAAUCUCUAUUACUACCCUCAAUUCGAAGAAGGCCGAUAUUAUUCCCGCCUAUACCCAUGGAUGGAAGCCCGACACCGAUAUCGAGACGACCAAUUACUCGAAACGAUCAACGCGGAAUUCGAGCAGCAAGCGCGAGAUAAGGGCAGGGGAACAGCAGAUUGUGUCAUCCGCCGCCACGCCUUCGGCCGUUCAUCAAACUCGGAAAUGCCUUCGGAUCCACUCUCCAAACCGACGAGCGACAUCCUCGGCGUCUUCGCCACACACGACAUCCCCGCCCACACAACCCUCAUCCUCGACAAGACACGAACAUGGGGUUGUAUUGGUCCAGGCACUGGCUCUCACCCCCAGAACCUCGCGAACCUCCAUGGCGGAAUGGGCUGUUCAGACCCCAUUCACCCUAAAUUCCCAGAGGAGACGGUAGAGCAAGACCUCCGCUGGAUCCGGGAUAGAUGCGGGAAGGAGGCCGCAGGCGUACUGCUUUUGUGUCGGUUGCUUGGGGAGACCCUACAGAAGCGAGCUAGUGAAGCCGAGGAGGACAAUGAGGAGUGUCAACAGACCAGCGGCGGCGGCAGCAGCAGCAGCAGCAGCACGAUCAAACACCCACUCGACCACCCACUCCUAGCCCGCCUAACCCCGACCUACCGUCGGACGAAAAUCCAGAUCUUCUCCCUGGAAGAAGACAUCAUCAUCCCCAACCUCUUCCUCCUCCAAACCGCGGGCAUCGACAUCUUCGCCUCUCCCCAAUACGAAACCUGGACGCUCUUCGAACUCGCCGCCCGCUCCCGAAACAACAGCUGGAGCAACCCGCUCCAUUCCUGCAUCUCCCCGCUCUUCAGCCUGUUUAAUCAUAGUUGCGAACCGAAUGUGAGCUGGGAAGUUGGGCAAGGGAAUUGCACGAGUAUGAGGAUCACGACAUCCCGAGCGAUUGAGGAGGGGGAACAAUUUUUCGUUCUCUACGACGGCUAUAUGGCUGAUGAACCACUGAAAGCUCGCCGGAAAAGAAUGAGGAGGUGGUUGGACGCGGAGUGUUUGUGCGGGAGAUGUGUGCGGGAGGAGGCUACGGAGGCGGCUGCGGAGGUGGUGGAGGAGGAGGAGGUGAAGAGGAUGGAGGGUGCGCUGGCGGCGGCGGCGGCGACUGUGCAGGUUGGCGCCGCGGUAGGAGAUGGCGCGGGCAAAGUGGAUUCGCCAAUGAGUAGUCGACGCACCUCCCCCAUCCCCUUGCUCUCGGGAGCAGCGGCGGCGAUCGCAGGCUGGGAUACGGCGCCUAGUAUUGUGUUUCCUGAAGAUCAGGACUCGGCCACGGGGAAGCGACCGACGUCCUCCGGCUCUUCUGGCUAG